UGCUUGUUGGAGAAUUUGUUGCUGCUCUCGGUGGAAACUGAAUCAGUUUGUUGCUCUUUCAGGCUUUUCAGUAGAGGUCAACUGAACAGGUAUCACUCAAGAUGGAAACCAAGAAAAAGAAUUUCUUGGAGAACUUGCGUCUGAAGACUAAGUUGCCCAACCUGAAGAAGCCAGGUAAGAAGGCACUUGCCAAGCAGGGGAGGAGCCUGGCUCAUCGGCGCAGUAUUUCUGUACCAGACCUACGGUUGGUGCCAGGUGGAGCAUUUUCUACAGAUAAUGCCUUGUUGUCAACUGACUCUGAUACCUUUGGCAUCUCUCCCCGUCUGAGUGAUACUGAUUCUAAUGCAAGCGGCUCAGUCACUGAUGGACCACCUUUCACAGACAAACUCUAUGAAUCAGUCCCAGAAACUACAGUCUGGGUUCCUACAGCUCACAUGGGUGCAGGUUUGAAAAGGAUGAGUGGUCCAGUCGAGACACUGACCCUUUAUGAGGAAACUGAUGAUAUGAUAAAUCCAGGCUCAGAGGAUGACGUGAACUGGACUCGAGAAGCCUUGUAUGCACAAGUGAAUAAAAGAGCCCAUGGAAAUGUACCAACAUUUUCUGUUGACCCCAUUCCUGCACCAAGAUCAGUUUUUACUGACACACAAGUUCUUUCACUAAGACCAGACCUUGGAGAGAGAGAGAGUCUCAAUGGAGAAGAGAGAGUGCUCUCAGGUCCUCUUGCAGCAGCAGUGGCCAGAGCAAGCUCAUUGGGAGACCAAGUGAAGCCAAAUAUAGAAAAGAGGACCACACCAUUUGAACAGAGAAGGCCAUCAUCUGAAAAAGAGACACUGCAAACAUUCAGAAAAAAUGCUCUUAUUCCAGAUAGCAUUUUCCUGACAUUAGAUUCUCUGGGUACUCCUUUGGAAAGUGCUGAUGUUACCUCAAUGGACUCCGCCUGUGGCACCCCCAGUGAAGAGCAAGUCAACAUGCCCUGGACAACAGACUCGGAGGAACUGGACCGCGAACCUUGCCCUCCCUUUGUGAUGAGACAGUUCUCCACAGAAGAGGCUUUACUUGAAGAAGCUCAGAAUGAGGAAGGCCUGGAAGAAAUAGAGAUGUGCAGUGAACCGUAUGACUUCUUUGACGAAAAUCCGCAAGAUCCUUUAGAAAACUCUCAGGUUUUGACGGCUGGGCCUGAGGCUCAAGUACCUCUCCCGUUCCAGAGAUACCUCCUGAACAUCAACUUAAAGCAGGGAAGGAACCUGGUCAUCAGGGACAAGCGCUCUGGUACUAGUGAUCCUUAUGUGAAGUUCAAACUUGAAGGAAAACAGUUCUAUAAAAGCAAAGUGGUGUAUAAAAACCUGAACCCACAGUGGAACGAGUCCUUCUCUCAUCCUCUGCGAGAUCGAGAACACAUUGUGGAAGUUCGAGUCUAUGAUAAAAAUCGGACUGCUGAUGAGUUCAUGGGUUCCGGUGUUAUUCCCCUGAAAGAUAUUGAAUUGUACAAAACCUAUGAAAUGGAGUUGCGUCUUGAUGAUCCAAAAAGUAAAGAAAAUGACAUGGGGGUGAUUAUUGUUGAAGUCUGCUUAAUGUUCAGAGAUGCUACCAUCAAAAGAAGCCCUAGAUGGCCAGCAAAGAAGAAUAAGCAGAACCAGGCCACACCAACCCAGCGGCCAGCUGAACCAACGCAGAAGAACCAGCUGAAGAACCAGAUGUGGUCUGGGGUUCUCAGAUUCACCUUGAUAGAGGGACAGGACCUGCCUCAGUAUGGCCAUGGUGACAUUUAUGUCCGCUUUCGCCUUGGUGAUCAGAAGUACAAGAGCAAGAACCUUUGCAUUCAGGCCAAUCCCCAGUGGAGAGAGCAGUUUGACUUCAAUCAGUUUGAAGAUAACCAGGAACCUCUGCAGGUAGAGGUGUGCUCAAAGAGAGGGAGGAAGGGUGAGGAAUCAUGGGGAAUGUUUGAGAUUGACCUACCGAGAUUUUCACCUAAUGAGAGGCAGCUCUACACCCAUGUGCUGGACCCAGGAAAGGGCAGGUUGGUGUUUCUGGUCACCCUGAGACCCUGCUGGGGAGUCUCCAUCUCUGACAUUGGAACAGCUACCUUGGAGAAGCCUGAUGAGAAACACAAAAUAGUGGAGAAGUUUAGUUUAAAGAACUCACACAAAUGUGUGGGAGAGGUUGGCUUCCUUCAGGUCAAGGUUAUAAAGGCAAAUGAUCUGCCGCCAACAGACCUCAAUGGAAAAAGUAACCCCUUAUGUGUUAUUGAGCUCGGUAACAGCAAACUUCAAACUCACACCAUCUACAAGACCCUCAAUCCAGAGUGGAACAAAGCCUUUACAUUGCCAAUUAAGGACAUUCAUGAUGUGAUAGAGUUGACUGUCCUCGAUGAAAAUGGAGACAAAACCCCAAACUUUUUGGGAAAAGUGGCCAUUCCUUUACUGAGUGUUCAGAAUGGACAGCAGAUGUGUCUGUUCUUGAAGAAGGAAAACUUGGGAAGUGCAUCCAAAGGAAACAUCACACUGGUGCUGGAGGUUAUCUAUAAUAAAGUCAGGGCCGGUAUCAGAACCUUCCAACCGAAGGAGGAAAAAUUAAUGGAGGACAACCUGAAGUUCUCUAAAAAGGUUCUUGCCCGGAAUAUAUAUCGGGUUCGAAAAAUCAGCACAGCAGUUCUGUACACGUUACAGUACAUUAAAAGCUGUUUUCAAUGGGAGAGCACGCAACGGAGUCUAAUAGCCUUUCUGAUCUUCCUUGUGUCGGUGUGGCACUGGGAGCUCUUCAUGCUGCCCCUCUUCCUGCUUCUGCUCGUCAGCUGGAACUACUUCCAGCUCGCUGCAGGGAAGGCCAGCUCCAACCAGGACCUGGUGAACAUGAGCAUGGGUGACGACGAAGAGGAAGACGAGAAGGAGAGCGGAAAAAAAGGUUUGAUGGACAAGAUACAUAUGGUGCAGGAAGUGGUGCUGGUUGUCCAGAAUGUUUUGGAAGAACUUGCAAACAUUGGAGAACGAAUCAAGAACAUCUUCAACUGGUCUGUCCCCUUCUUGUCAUGCCUGGCCUGCUCGGUGCUGUUUGUGUCCACAGUGCUGUUAUAUUUCAUCCCACUGCGGUAUAUUGUGCUGAUAUGGGGCGUUAACAAAUUUACCAAGAAGCUGCGCAACCCAUAUACUAUUGACAGUAAUGAAAUACUGGAUUUCCUCAAGAGGGUGCCUUCUGAUGUUGAAAAGGUGCAGUACAGCGCGCUGAGAGCGCCCACCAGCCAGAGUCAGCCACGGAAGAAAAGGUAGGCUCCGCGGACACACUGGAUGAAAGGCUGGUCUCCUUUUGAAUAUGGUACGACGCAGUCUACCUGACAACAAUGCUCCAGCACUAGCAGAGCCCAUAACCCCGUCCACCCCACCAUAUCACCCUAACUCUGCCCCCUGCUGCUGAGGGGCAGCCAGCCGCUCUCUGGCUUGUGUGUUUGCCACUCCCCUGACAGGGGCUGUGAACUGCAGCAGCUAGGAGGGCAGCACAUGGUGCUGUCAAUCACAAGCCGGGAGGUAAAGAAAAGAGAGCGCUGUAAGGCUCAGCCUUCAUCUUUGGAUAUAAUUUAGAAAAGGAAUGAAAAGCGUGGGGUUUGGUUUACCUUAGACUUCCAUUGUUUUGCCUUUUUUGACUUUGGUGAAACUGAGAAAUUUGCCUUAAGGUAACAUUAAUACAAGCAUAACAAUUUAUGGAAAACAAACCACACUGAUAUUUUUUCUUUAUCCAUGUGUUAAUAUAAUUAAAGGUUAAAAGGUCAUAUAUCUUGCAGAUAUUGAAGUAAUCAGGGAGAAUUAAAUUGUUUUGUUGCACAUUUAAUAUAUUAGGACAGAGACUGAAUUCUACUGUCCUUGUUGUGGUAAGGAUUUAUUUUAUAUAACAUAUAUGCUGUCAGCCUUCUACAUUUGAUCUUAGCAACAAAUAUAUAUUUAUAUACUUAUGUGUAUUAUCUCUGGCAGACUUAAUUUUUUAAGUAAAGUUUCUAUGAUUUUAUGUCAUGUUAGAUUGAUUUGAGAGUUUAUUUUUACUCAGUAUCAUGUCUGCAUCAUCAAAUUGAACAUU